AUGCCAGCGCCGAUCAGACUGCGGGAGCUGAUCCGGACCAUCCGGACGGCUCGGACCCAGGCAGAGGAGCGCGAGAUGAUCCAGAAAGAGUGUGCUGCCAUACGCUCAUCCUUCAGAGAGGAAGACAACACUUACCGCUGUAGAAAUGUGGCUAAGCUACUCUAUAUGCACAUGCUGGGCUACCCAGCACACUUUGGGCAGGUAAGUUUAAAAAUAAGACUAUGUUCUUAAUUUAUUAACCAACAUCUGUGAGUGUCUUGUUGUUCCUGGCAGUGAAUGUGUGUCUCGCUAAAGAGAGCAGUUUUGUGAACGAAUGAGUUUUGUUUUCCAGCUGGAGUGCCUGAAGUUGAUUGCAUCCCAGAAGUUCACUGACAAGCGGAUAGGGUACUUGGGAGCCAUGCUACUGUUGGACGAGAGGCAGGACGUCCAUCUACUAAUGACAAACUGCAUCAAGAAGUAAGACAGGCCAAAACCGCAUUGGCUCAAACAUACACUAUCCUGACAGGAACAGCUGCUUAUUUGUAGUGUGGGAGUAGAGAUAAGUGAUGUUCACCAACGCCAGUAUUCUGUUAAUGCCUGAAAUGUUAGUCAUGAGUGGUCCUCUCGCCAGCAGCGUGUGCUGAUGAUGUUUGAUACGGAAACAGCCCCAUAACCUGCCGGACCAGCUGUUGCGUCUUUUUCUCAAUCUCUUCCUCUAGUGCACAUUUUUCUUCUUUCCUGUCUCCUCUGCUCUAUCCUUCGUCGUCCCUUUUACCCUCCUCUUCCUGUCUGUCUUAUACUUUUUUCCCUCAGUCUUCCCUCUUUCUCUUCUACAUCUCAGCUCCAUCCUAUAUCUCUGAUCUAUUAUCUCCCUACGAGCUGGGACUCCAUCCUAUACAGUGGGGGGGAAAAGUAUUUAGUCAGCCACCAAUUGUGCAAGUUCUCCCACUUAAAAAGAUGAGAGAGGCCUGUAAUUUUCAUCAUCAUCCAGAAAAUCACAUUGUAGGAUUUUUUAUGAAUUUAUUUGCAAAUUAUGGUGGAAAAUAAGUAUUUGGUCACCUACAAACAAGCAAGAUUUCUGGCUCUCACAGACCUGUAACUUCUUCUUUAAGAGGCUCCUCUGUCCUCCACUCGUUACCAGUAUUAAUGGCACCUGUUUGAACUUGUUAUCAGUAUAAAAGACACCUGUCCACAACCUCAAACAGUCACACUCCAAACUCCACUAUGGCCAAGACCAAAGAGCUGUCAAAGGACACCAGAAACAAAAUUGUAGACCUGCACCAGGCUGGGAAGACUGAAUCUGCAAUAGGUAAGCAGCUUGGUUUGAAGAAAUCAACUGUGGGAGCAAUUAUUAGGAAAUGGAAGACAUACAAGACCACUGAUAAUCUCCCUCAAUCUGGGGCUCCACGCAAGAUCUCACCCCGUGGGGUCAAAAUGAUCACAAGAACGGUGAGCAAAAAUCCCAGAACCACACGGGGGGACCUAGUGAAUGACCUGCAGAGAGCUGGGACCAAAGUAACAAAGCCUACCAUCAGUAACACACUACGCCGCCAGGGACUCAAAUCCUGCAGUGCCAGACGUGUCCCCCUGCUUAAGCCAGUACAUGUCCAGGCCCGUCUGAAGUUUGCUAGAGUGCAUUUGGAUGAUCCAGAAGAGGAUUGGGAGAAUGUCAUAUGGUCAGAUGAAACCAAAAUAUAACUUUUUGGUAAAAAAUGACAAAUAAUGCUGAGUUGCAUCCAAAGAACACCAUACCUACUGUGAAGCAUGGGGGUGGAAACCUCAUGCUUUGGGGCUGUUUUUCUUCAAAGGGACCAGGACGACUGAUCCGUGUAAAGGAAAGAAUGAAUGGGGCCCUGUAUCGUGAGAUUUUGAGUGAAAACCUCCUUCCAUCAGCAAGGGCAUUGAAGAUGAAACGUGGCUGGGUCUUUCAGCAUGACAAUGAUCCCAAACACACCGCCCGGGCAAUGAAGGAGUGGCUUCGUAAGAAGCAUUUCAAGGUCCUGGAGUGGCCUAGCCAGUCUCCAGAUCUCAACCCCAUAGAAAAUCUUUGGAGGGAGUUGAAAGUCUGUGUUGCCCAGCGACAGCCCCAAAACAUCACUGCUCUAGAGGAGAUCUGCAUGGAGGAAUGGGCCAAAAUACCAGCAACUGUGUGUGAAAACCUUGUGAAGACUUACAGGAAACGUUUGACCUGUGUCAUUGCCAACAAAGGGUAUAUAACAAAGUAUUGAGAAACUUUUGUUAUUGACCAAAUACUGAUUUUCCACCAUAAUUUGCAAAUAAAUUCAUUAAAAAUCCUACAAUGUGAUUUUCUGGAUUUUUUUUUCUCAUUUUGUCUGUCAUAGUUGACGUGUACCUAUGAUGAAAAUUACAGGCCUCUCUCAUCUUUUUAAGUGGGAGAACUUGCACAAUUGGUGGCUGACUAAAUACUUUUUUCCCCCACUGUAUCUCUGAUCUAUUAUCUCCCUACGAGCUGGGACUCAGCCUGAGAUCCUCUGGCAGGGCACUGUUGACCAUUCCAAAGUCUAGGUUGAAAACAAAAGGAGACCGGGCAUUUGCAAUUAGGGCACUUAGAUUUUGGCUUGCAGAUUCAGUGCCUGUUUUUAAAUCCCUGCUGAAGACACACGUUUCUAAAGAUGCUUUUAAUGUAUGAUUUCAAUUUAUGAUUUUAAUUAGCUAUCUUUUUUUCAUUCUCCUUCCUCCUAUCUUUAUUUCUUUGUUAGUACUUUUAUUAUUUUAUGAUGUGAAGCACUUUAUACGCUAUACAAAUAAAGUUAUUAUUAUCUGCUAUCCACUCAUUCUUCCCCCUCUCCUUCCUCAGUGAUCUGAAUCACAGCACACAGUAUGUCCAGGGCCUGGCCUUGUGCACCCUGGGCUGCAUGGGCUCCUCAGAGAUGUGUCGAGACCUGGCUGGAGAGGUGGAGAAGCUGCUCAAAACAUCCAACUCCUACCUGAGGAAAAAGGUACCUACCUCUCAUUCUCACCUAGCCCACAUUCACUACAUUUACAUUUACAUUUUAGUCAUUUAGCAGACGCUCUUAUCCAGAGCGACUUACAGUUACACUAUUUACAAAGAAGUGUUGGUCAGGUGAUCAGUUUGAAGUGCAUUAGCAGACCUGCCAACGUGCACUCAUUUUGCGUACCAUGCACACAAUUUGAGGUCAAAGUACGCUGGUACGAAAAACUACCCUAAAAUACGCUUCUAUUGGUACAACCGUCUGAAGUUGGAGCUGAUCCAAUCAGGACUUGGGCGAGGAGAAAACAUCUCUAACUCUCCAGCCUGCCCCCCAUAGUCGUAGUAGUCUAUUAUUUUUCUGCCUCGAGCUGAAUGGCAGCUCUCCACCUUGUCCGUUGAUACCGCUGAUGUGUGAGGACAAAGUGUAGGGAAAAUGGAGAACGAACUGUUUGCCGGAUACAUUUUCCAAAUUGUAUGUGUUAGUCAAGCACAUAACCACUACAUUUCGUAGUUAGUUCCUUCGUCAUUACGACAAAUGUAGAAAAAUUUGAAAUUGUCACUGAGAGCACCUCAAUUUCAUUUAGGAGACUUCUGUGUUGGCUACAUUGUUUGAUAUAUAUAUACAGUGGGGAGAACAAUGUAGAGGUCUGUAAUUUUUUAUCAUAGGUACACUUCAACUGUGAGAGACGGAAUCUAAAACAAAAAUCCAGAAAAUCACAUUGUAUGAUUUUUAAGUAAUUAAUUUGCAUUUUAUUGCAUGACAUAAGUAUUUGAACACCUACCAACCAGUAAGAAUUCUGGCUCUCACAGACCUGUUAGUUUUUCUUUAAGAAGCCCUCCUGUUUUCCACUCAUUACCUGUAUUAACUGCACCUGUUUGAACUCGUUACCUGUAUAAAAGACACCUGUCCACACACUCAAUCAAACAGACUCCAACCUCUCCACAAUGGCCAAGACCAGAGAGCUGUGUAAGGACAUCAGGGAUAAAAUUGUAGACCUGCACAAGGCUGGGAUGGGCUACAGGACAAUAGGCAAGCAGCUUGGUGAGAAGGCAACAACUGUUGGCGCAAUUAUUAGAAAAUGGAAGAAGUUCAAGAUGACGGUCAAUCACCCUCGGUCUGGGGCUCCAUGCAAGAUCUCACCUCGUGGGGCAUCAAUGAUCAUGAGGAAGGUGAGGGAUCAGCCCAGAACUACACGGCAGGACCUGGUCAAUGACCUGAAGAGAGCUGGGACCACAGUCUCAAAGAAAACCAUUAGUAACACACUACGCCGUCAUGGAUUAAAAUCCUGCAGCGCACGCAAGGUCCCCCUGCUCAAGCCAGCGCAUGUCCAGGCCCGUCUGAAGUUUGCCAAUGACCAUGUGGAUGAUCCAGAGGAGGAAUGGGAGAAGGUCAUGUGGUCUGAUGAGACAAAAAUAGAGCUUUUUGGUCUAAACUCCACUCGCCGUGUUUGGAGGAAGAAGAAGGAUGAGUACAACCCCAAGAACACCAUCCCAACCGUGAAGCAUGGAGGUGGAAACAUCAUUCUUUGGGGAUGCUUUUCUGCAAAGGGGACAGGACGACUGCACCGUAUUGAGGGGAGGAUAGAUGGGGCCAUGUAUCGCGAGAUCUUGGCCAACAACCUCCUUCCCUCAGUAAGAGCAUUGAAGAUGGGUCGUGGCUGGGUCUUCCAACACACAGCCAGGGCAACUAAGGAGUGGCUCCGUAAGAAGCAUCUCAAGGUCCUGGAGUGGCCUAGCCAGUCUCCAGACCUGAACCCAAUAGAAAAUCUUUGGAAGGAGCUGACAGUCCGUAUUGUCCAGCGACAACCCCGAAACCUGAAGGAUCUGGAGAUGGUCUGUAUGGACCUACAGGAAACGUAUGAUCUCUGUAAUUGCAAACAAAGGUUUCUGUACCAAAUAUUAAGUUCUGCUUUUCUGAUGUAUCAAAUACUUAUGUCAUGCAAUAAAAUGCAAAUAAAUUACUUAAAAAUCAUACAAUGUGAUUUUCUGGAUAUUUGACUAAAAUGUAAAUACAUACAUACAUACAUACAUACAUACAUACAUACAUACAUACAUACAUACAUACAUACAUACAUGCAUACUAAACAAAAAAUAUAAAUGCAACAAUUUCAAUGAUUUUACAGAGUUACAGUUCAUAUAAGGAAAUCAGUCAAUUUAAAUACAUUCAUUAGGCCCUAAUCUAUGGAUUUCACAUGACUGGGCAGGGGCACAGCCAUGGGUGGGCCUGGGACGGCAUAGGUCCACCCACUGGGGAGCCAGGCCCAGCCAAUCAGAAUACGUUUUUACCCACAAAAGGGCUUUAUUACAGACAGAAAUACUCCUCCGUUUCAUCAGCUGUCCGGGUGGCUGGUCUCAGACGAUCCCGCAGGUGAAGAAGCCGGAUGCGGAGGUCCUGGGCUGGCGUGGUUACACGUGGCCUGCGGUUGUGAGGCCGGUUGAACGUACUGCCAAAUUCUCUAAAACUACAUAGGUGGCUUAUGGUACAGAAAUAAACAUGACAUUCUCUGGCAACAGCUCUGGUGGACAUUCCUGCAGUCAGCAUGCCAAUUGCACGCUCUCUCAAACAUGAGACAUCUGUGGCAUUGUGUUGUGUGACACAACUGCACAUUUUAGUGGCCUUAUUGUCCCCAGCACAAGGUGCACCUGUGUAAUGAUCAUGCUGUUUAAUCAGCUUCUUGAUAUGCCACACCUGUCAGGUGGAUGGAUUAUCUCGGCAAAGAAGAAAUGCUCACUAACAGGGAUGUAAAAAUGUUUGGGGGAUAUUUUAUUUCAGCUCAUUAAACAUGAGCUACAUAUAUGUCUACAUAUUUCUAGUUAGCUACUGAAGAGCAGCCAAUUACCAAGUACCCAUAAGUCUAUAGCCUACCAUUCCUACUGAGACAGUCUUCUGCCAACAUCAUUAUUAGGCAAAAAAAAGGUGCAUUUUGCCUAUGAUUUGAGCAGUGUGGGUGUUGCGCGCGCCGUCGUGGGGGGCUGGGGGUGCCGCCGCCGCGCUGAAGUCGUACUCAUAACAAUUAUUCAAGGUUGGCAGGUCUGUGUUAGCAUGUCACAGUAGAGCACUUUGGAAAACAUUACAAUUUUGUCCCCAGGCAGCGUUGUGUGCAGUCCACGUCAUCAGGAAGGUCCCAGAGCUGAUGGAGAUGUUCCUCCCAGCCACAAAAAACCUGCUGAGCGAGAAGAACCACGGUGAGACAACAGGGGCUGGGGGCAACUGUGCAUUGGGUUUGGUCACUCACAGAUAAAAUAGGGAUGCUGUGUCCUUCAAAGGGAAAAUUGGUCUGGUGCCCUCUACACAGUUGAAAUGUCCUUCAGUGAAAAGAGCUGGAUUAAUGACUGUGUCCUGAUGAGCUGUGGGACUGCUGCGUCCUUCACAGCAGGCAGGGGUGUCAUAGUACAAUGGCUGAUGUUCUGACAGCUUUAUAAAGCGGCACGCUUGUCAGAACCAACGUUAUCACUUCGAAUAUAUUUCUAAACGAGUUUGAUAGAUGAAGUUUGCCCUAGACACUAAGGUCAGUUUUGUGUUUUUCCCCUCAAUGGUCAAGGUAAGGAUUUGGGGAGGGUAAGUUGAUGCUAGAUAUAAACCUGUAGUCGUCUUUGUAGUGCUAAAAUGGGGCUUAAUGACGUUUAAACUGACACUUACUAAGAGUGAGAUUCCAGAUUAUAAACCACCACAACGGAGCCAGCAAACAGAGCUUCCCCCAUAGACUAUGUUCCUUAUUUUAGUAACAAUGCUGUGACAUUGCUAAAACAUUGACUCCCAGGGAAUUGGCAAGGAAAUGUGUGCACAUUUUGUGAACUACUACUGUUCACCAGGGAUGCUGUUUGUAGACUGGUUUCUCUUUGUCUCCUUAAGGUGUUCUCCACACUUCUGUUGUCCUCCUCACUGAAAUGUGUGAAAGAAGUCCUGACAUGCUCUUACACUUCAGAAAGGUAUGGAUAGCCACGAUCUAAUUAGCUGAAAUUACUACUAUCAAGAGUUUUUGGGUAACAGCGUAACACAUCAGCAAAUCUUUAGGGAGUUAAUUAAGCAUUUGUCUUAAACUCACUCUACAUUUCAUUCUCUCUGUGUAUUCAUUUUCCUUUCACUAUGACUGUUUUAAAUAUACUUCAAACAUAUUUUGCCUUUUGAAACCUUUUUCCCAUAAGGUUUGCUCCACAUUCAAAGUAGGCCUAUGUCUCAGUCGUAUCUCCUUGCCUCGCUUCUUUCCUUGCUGUAUCUCUAGUGGUUUUGUACCUCUUUCCCUUAGCCGUAAACAACCUCCAGCCAGCCUCCCACACCUCAUGUUCAUGAUCAAAACAUUACUUUGAGCUCUCUCUAAAAGUGAAUCUUUUCCCUAACAUCUACCUCAUAUUUUUUCUGUCAUUUGUCUUUGUUACAAUUCCUGCAUUGUGUUAGAAUGAGAAGGUAAGAGUACAUUCUGGUUUCAUAGCUGGUGCAUGCUGUAACUAGUAAUCACUUCACACGGUCACUGUAGAUGUAAUCAAAUCUGUGUUCUGUAAAGUUUUUUUGUGUGUUUUUAAUUUCUUUGACUUUUACAGCGGUCAUAUGUUGGUGUUCUCUUUUGAUAUCAUGACAGGAUUUUUUAAAAUGUUUCUUAGACAUCUCUCACUAUUGUUAAUGUGUCAUCAUUAACCUAAUGUAUAACUCAUUUGAUCACUGUAUGUUGAAAACAACAUGAUGGGUCUGUUUUCAAUUGAUCACCUCCAGUGUUCUCACUAUACACCGAUGGUUUUAUGUCUGUUAAAAGGGGGGAUAUGUGACUGUAUGCAUACAAAUAUAUAUUUAAGAAAAAUAUAUUCGCAUUGUUGCAAAUUGUCUAUGAAUACUCUUGCCUAGCAUUCCUGGUAAGAAUUAUAAUUAGGUUACUAUUUCAUCCAGAUGUGAUUGAAUGUGACAUCACAGUUCGAUUAGCUUUUCAAAACCGAACAUCCUAACCGAAUGUUUUCAUACAAUCAAUGUUGUCUUGACUACCAUGAUUAAAUCAAGAGAAUAUAAAGAAUAACUGCACAUUCUACAAAAUACUUUGUCAAGUUAUUUCAGUAACAAGGUAGUACACCGAUUCCUCAGAAAUAAAGACCUUGACCCUUGAUGGCACCCCCCCUCUCCUGUUUGUUGGUCUUUUGUAGUUGGUUCCACAGCUGGUGAGAAUCCUGAAGAACCUGAUCAUGUCUGGAUACUCUCCUGAGCACGACGUGUCUGGCAUCAGUGACCCCUUCUUGCAGGUGAGACCUUUGACCUUGUGUUUCGUGCCAAUCAUUUGAUUUUACUCCUCUGUAACAUAAACUUGGCUAGGCCAGUCAGUGAUGACCCUUGUCUUCAUUGCAGGUGCGGAUAUUGAGACUAUUGCGAAUUCUGGGCAGGAGUGAUGAUGACUCAAGUGAAGCAAUGAAUGACAUUCUUGCACAGGUGAAAAUAUAGGUUAAUCAAUAGGACUCAAGGCUUACUGCCCUAGAUAUUGUUUUACAAUCAGACUAAUGGUUUCUUCACCCUUGUAGGUGGCAACCAACACCGAGACCAGUAAAAAUGUAGGCAAUGCAAUCCUCUACGAGACAGUACUGACCAUAAUGGACAUCAAAUCAGAAAGUGGAUUGAGGGUGUUGGCCAUCAACAUACUGGGACGCUUCCUUCUCAACAAUGACAAAAAUAUUAGGUAAGUAAAACACUUGGGCAACUAAUUCAUUGAAUGAUCUGAACAGGUCAUCAAAGUCCCAGGUAAUAUAACACUUAAUGUGACUUUAUGGUGUCUUUUUGUCCACUCUCAAGAUAUGUGGCACUGACGUCCCUACUGAAGACGGUACAGACGGACCACAAUGCAGUUCAGAGGCAUCGGAGCACCAUUGUGGACUGUCUAAAAGACCUGGAUGUGUCCAUCAAGAGGUGAGACCUACACUUAAAUGAGGAGAACAUGAGUGACAUACAGUAUAGACAUUAGUACAUAACACACUAGUAAAACACACUGCUAGUCACUGUACAUACAGUGAGGGGAAAAAAAGUAUUUGAUCCCCUGCUGAUUUUGUACGUUUGCCCACUGACAAAGACAUGAUAAGUCUAUAAUUUUAAUGGUAGGUGUAUUUGAACAGUGAGAGACAGAAUAACAACAAAAAAAUCCAGAAAAACGCAUGUAAAAAUUUUUUUAUAAAUUGAUUUGCAUUUUAAUGAGGGAAAUAAGUAUUUGACCCCUCUGCAAAACAUGACUUAGUACUUGGUGACAAAACCCUUGUUGGCAAUCAGAGGUCAGACGUUUCUUGUAGUUGGCCACCAGGUUUGCACACAUCUCAGGAGGGAUUUUGUUCCACUCCUCUUUGCAGAUCUUCUCCAAGUCAUUAAGGUUUCGAGGCUGACGUUUAGCAACUCGAACCUUCAGCUCCCUCCACAGAUUUUCUAUGGGAUUAAGGUCUGGAGACUGACUAGGCCACUCCAGGACCUUAAUGUGCUUCUUCUUGAGCCACUCCUUUGUUGCCUUGGCCAUGUGUUUUGGGUCAUUGUCAUGCUGGAAUACCCAUCCACGACCCAUUUUCAAUGCCCUGGCUGAGGGAAGGAGGUUCUCACCCAAGAUUUGACGGUACAUGGCCCCGUCCAUCGUCCCAUUGAUGCGGUGAAGUUGUCCUGUCCCCUUAGCAGAAAAACACCCCCAAAGCAUAAUGUUUACACCUCCAUGUUUGACGGUGGGGAUGGUGUUCUUGGGGUCAUAGGCAGCAUUCCUCCUCCUCUGAAUCAUUCAUAUGUUCAUUGGCAAACAUCAGACGGCCCUGUCUAUGUGCUUUCUUGAGCAGGGGGACCUUGCGGGCGCUGCAGGAUUUCAGUCCUUCACGGCGUAGUGUGUUACCAAUUGUUUUCUUGGUGACUAUGGUCCCAGCUGCCUUGAGAUCAUUGACAAGGUCCUCCUGUGUAGUUCUGGGCUGAUUCCUCACCCUUCUCAUGAUCAUUGCAACUCCACGAGGUGAGAUCUUGCAUGGAGCCCCAGGCAGAGGGAGAUUGACAAGUAUUUUGCGUUUCUUCCAUUUGCGAAUAAUCGCACCAACUGUUGUCACCUUCUCACCAAGCUGCUUGGCGAUGGUCUUGUAGCCCAUUCCAGCCUUGUGUAGGUCUACAAUCUUGUCCCUGACAUCCUUGGAGAGCUCUUUGGUCUUGGCCAUGGUGGAGAGUUUGGAAUCUGAUUGAUUGCUUCUGUGGACAGGUGUCUUUUUAUACAGGUAACAAGCUGAGAUUAGGAGCACUCCCUUUAAGAGUGUGCUACUAAUCUCAGCUCGUUACCUGUAUAAAAGAUACCUGGGAGCCAGAAAUCUUUCUGACUGAGAGGGGGUCAAAUACUUAUUUCCCUCAUUAAAAUGCAAAUCAAUUUAUAACAUUUUUUACAUGCGUUUAUCUGGAUUAUUUUGUUGUUAUUCUGUCUCUCACUGUUCAAAUAAACCUACCAUUAAAAAUAGACUGUUCAUUUCUUUGUCAGUGGGCAAACGUACAAAAUCAGCAGGGGAUCAAAUACUUUUUUCCCUCACUGUACAUUUCUGCACAAAAUAAGGGUCAGAAGAUGUAGAGAUUUCCUUGUCUUAUCGUCCUCCCAUUCUCCUCGGUAGGCGUGCGAUGGAGCUGAGCUUCGCCCUGGUGAAUGGGAACAACAUCCGAGGCAUGAUGAAGGAGCUGCUCUACUUCCUGGACUCCUGUGACCCAGAAUUCAAAGCGGACUGUGCGUCUGGAGUCUUCCUGGCUGCAGAGAAGUAAGGCUCUGGGGUGUGGUCCAGUUAGAGCUGGAAGAUCCGUAGAGAUCAGGCUUUGCCAAUCAGAAGGCUCUUGCUAGUUCCAUAGCAACAUUAAGCAGUUGCACCAUGUGAAACCGUUCUCAACAUUAUCUCGUGGCUUGUAGGUCUUUACCACCUCAUUUUGUUUGUAUUGGCCGUUGCUCAGCAGUUGUAGUAGUGGUUCGAGAGGUAAGAGGAGAAGGAUUAGUAGUGAUGGUAAGAGAGGCCAUGGCAGCAGUAGUUUCUGCAUGUGGGCUGCUGACACAGAUCCUGACUGAACGCCUCAAGCACCUCAAAUGAUUAACUAUUGUUUCGGCUACCUUUGGUUACUGUGUAUGGCUUACUUAUUAAAAUGCUGUAUGAUGAUAAAAUGAGUGAUCCAUCGUCAGAGCAUGACAUUGUUGAUACCAUAUAUUUUCUGACAGCAUAAACCUCAGUCCAACCUUUUUGAGUUCAUGGUUAUGUGAUUCUCUGCUCUGUGUAAUGCAGAGGUGACUGAUGCGUGUUCUGUGUCACAGGUAUGCGCCUUCAAAAAGAUGGCACAUUGACACCAUCAUGCGAGUCUUGACAACGGUAUGUACAAUUUCAUCAAAUACUUUUCUUUUGGUUGACUCAGCACAGAUUAUGGUAAAAAAAUUUUUAAAAUAAUGCUUGACUGUUGAGUGACGAAUCCUUGAGUGAUCCAUCGACUGAAAACUACAAAUGAUGAUCUCAUCAUAUCUGACAACAGCCUCUUUUUACCAUCUUAGACACUUUUUAGUGUCUAGUCUUGAAAGUGUUUUUGUUGCUGACCCUAUACAAAAUGAUCAUCUGCCUCAUUGUCCAUUUUGAGACGGGUUUCUUUUAACAACACCUUUUUGUGUCUAGGCGGGGAGCUAUGUCCGAGACGACUCCGUCCCCAACCUCAUCCAGCUCAUCACCAACAGUGUGGAGAUGCAUGCCUACACGGUGCAGAGACUCUACAAAGCCCUACUGGAUGAUAUCUCACAGGUCCGAGACAUCUCUGGUCACACACGUCAUACACACGCCUUGUAUGAUAAGGGGAAAACACACAUUGAAACGUAGCCCAGUAACUAGACAAAAAAAGAGGAACCUGACAAUGAAUAUGUUGAUUGAAACGUUAUUGGAUCACUAAAGAUCACAUUUGGAAGUAGCAAACAGUGUGCGGAUGUUUCCCUUCCUCUCUGAGGAGGAUUGGUUACAGUGAAUCUGAUCUAUCUGAAGUAUAAGCGUUUGUCUCCCAUAGCAACCUCUGGUCCAGGUGUCAUCCUGGUGUAUAGGGGAGUAUGGAGACCUGCUGGUAUCUGGACAGUGUGAGGAGGAGGAGCCCAUCCAGGUAGACGUCCUGAAGCACUCAAUCACCUCAACUAUUUCAUCUACAACGUUACACACAACAUGUCUACGUGUACUGCCGACCCCCAGAAGUUGAAAUGGAUAUAUUUUCUCCCCUUCCUUUGCAACAGGUGACAGAGGAUGAAGUCCUGGAUGUUUUAGAAGGUCUUCUUGUGUCUAACUUGUCCACCCCUGUAACCCGGGGUUACUCCCUCACUGCCAUCAUGAAGCUGUCUACUCGCUUCAGCAGUGUCAAGUGAGUCCAACAGUGUUGAGCAGAGAGAAUAUCCAACAGGUUAUGAUGAUAUCCCUUAGCUUUGAAAUGAAUGGCAGGAUGCACACUCAAGGUGAACAUUUUUGUCUUUAAAUCUCCAGCCGAAUCAAGAAGGUGGUGUCAAUAUACGGCAGCAGCAUCGACGUGGAGCUGCAACAGAGAGCUGUGGAGUACAAUGCACUUUUCAAGAAAUAUGAUCACAUGAGGUGAUUAUACACCAAAAUGUAUUCCCAUUCAUUACAAGCACUUUUCUGUAGAAAUGAUUGGCGCUUCCCUUGUUUAGUUACCAUUAAGUCAAGGAAAUUGACCUUUUUCCUUCUCCCCAUCUCAUUCUCUUCCUCUCUGAAGGCCUGCCUUACUAGAGCGAAUGCCCAUCAUGGAGAAAACCGCCUCCAAUGGCCAUACAGAGAUUGUUCAGACCAAUGGGGAGACAGAGCCCUCGGUGCCUGACACAAAACACCCGCCCCUAGUCACCCAGCCAGCAAACCAGGUGAGGGCCAGGUCACAUGACAUAUCUGUACUUACCACUGCUGGGAGGUUUUCUUUCACAGAAAAUGUGGAGCUGAAUUAAUGGAUCAACAUUUGGGGACUGAUUCAAUCCAUAUCGCCGAAGUUCAGCGUUAUACUCACUUGUAAUGUAAAGGUAAUUUCCGAUUGAGCUGACAUAUGCAGCAGCUUUUAUCGUGAAUGCAGUCUUUGCUGAUGCGGGAACAUUGUCUUUAAAUGUAUAUUGAGGUGUAGCGCAGAUCUUCAGCGAUACGAAUUGAAUCGAGCCCUUAAGCUCUUUAAAACGCACGAAUGCACGCACACAAACAUUCUUUAAGUUUUGAUUGCUAUUCAUGUGGUGAAAGUCCACAAAUCAGUGAGUCUGCUAAUGCUUUUACACACUGAUCAAACAAGGACCCCUGCUGGUAAGAAAAUUAAAAACUGCUGGGCAUAUCAAUCUACAGAUUAAUAUGAAGUCGUCUACAUUUUCCUUUGUAGACUUCUGACUUGAGUGAAAAAAAUAUUUUACAAUCUUUCAUGUUUUUAAAUAAACCGUAAAUCAGAUGUUAUUCAGGGCACCGUUGUUUUGUCCAAAUCCUUCCUACAUUCCAGGUUUAAUCUACAUGUGAUUUCUGAUUUGGUUUCUCUUCUGUUCCAGGCUAAUGACUUGUUAGACCUGCUGGGAGGUAAUGAUGUGGUGACUGUGAUCCAGACCACCCUGCCCACCAAGCCUGCCUCGGCUGGAGGAGAGCUGCUCGACCUGCUGGGGGACCUCUCACUGUCUGGUAGGACCACAGUCUCUCUCUCUCAUUCCUUUUCUUUCUGUCUCUCCUAUUUCCCUCCAGCCCAAAGCACAGGUGGACCAACCGGGGUCCUUGGUCAGGGCAACUUGAUUGGUUUCUUUUUCUCUUUCAUAGCAGUGUCUCUCCACCACCUAUUCUUCCUGUCACCCUCCCUGCACCUUCCUUCAUAUAGAAACCACAUGAGUCACUCCACAUCCUGCUUGACUUGGUCAGGAAUCAACUUGUCUUGUGAGCUAUCACCAAUGGUAUCACUGUUAUGUCUGUGUGUGGUUCCCUGUACCCUUUUGGAACCCCCUGUGUUGUUGUCCCCCUCCCUAGGUGGUCCAGCUCCUGCCCCCUCUGUGCCCAUCUCCCAGCCCCCCUUCCUCCUGGAUGGCCUCUCCUCACAGCCCCUGUUUAAUGAUAUUUCAGCAGGUGAGAGCUAGCGCUCAUCAGUGAAGCUUUCAAAUUUCUCAUUUGAUCCAAAUCCAACCACUCUCCCACCAUGUUGUUUAGAAAGCUGUCACUACUCCAGAGUACUCUAUGUAUCCCUUUUAAAACAAUGCGACCUUAUAGAAGUUCCUACAAUGUUUUUGGGGGGGGGUUAUGAUGUUUGGUACUACUUUUUCACUCUGAAUUGUAUUGACCUAUGUGUUCUUGUCUUUAGCUAUUCCCCCCAUGACAGCGUAUAGCAAGAAUGGCCUGAAAAUAGAGUUCACCUUUGAGAGGGCCAACCCGAACCCGAACAUAGCAGUCAUCACUAUCCACGCCACCAACACCACCGAGGCUGACAUGACAGAGUUUGUUUUCCAGGCUGCAGUACCAAAGGUGAGCCAUGACUGGACAGUCACAUUUGUAUAACUAUGUAAUAUUAAGAAAAAUAUGUGUGGGUCUAUGAUUGACCUCUGUAGCGAUGUACAGUUUACUGAAGGUUGCGAAUAUUCAGGUGCAGGUGUCCUACGAAGCAGACUAGGCAGGAGCAGUAUUUGAUGCUCUCUGUGUCCCUCUCCUUCAGACAUUCCAGCUGCAGCUCUUGUCCCCUAGCAGUAAUAUUGUCCCAGCGCUCAACCAGGGAAGCGUCACACAGGUCAUCAGAGUUCUCAACCCACAGAAGGUAAGAUAUGUUCCUGUUUGUCCUCAUCUUCCUCCUUGUCCUCACAUUCUUAUUGGUGCAAUCAGAGAUAUUUAGUGCAGAGGGGUCCUAUAGAGUUAACUCGCUCCCUGUGUAAACAAGCUUCUAAUAGCAGGAGGUGUCAUUGAAGACGUAUGACAGAUCAUUAAAGUUGUUUUAUCUCUGGAUCAGCUCAACUAGACAUUGAGUAGUUCAUAUUGCUUUAAUAAACAUGUCUUUCUCAUGAUUUACAGCAACCAACUGCGCAUGAGGGUCAAGCUGACGUACACCCACAUCGGCUCACCUGUCCAAGACCUGGCCGAGGUCAACAACUUCCCUCCUCAGUCCUGGCAAUGAUGACCGUGCCCCCUCGCUCUUAAAGACACCGCCAAGGGAACUAUGGGAAAGACUCUCCUCUCCCCUCCCUUACCCCGACUGAUCCCCCUGUGACAUCACUGCAGACUGCUGCCCUGGGGUUGCAUGGGAAGCAGCGGAAUUUCUAACACACACAAAAAGAUGGUAUGAAGACCAUGAUGACGACAACAGCAACAACAACGGCAAUGACGAUAGACAUCACCAGAAAUAUGUGAAAACAUAUCCAUUUACUAACCCUUCUUUUCCUUGAUUGGUUUCACCUCAAUCUGUCUGCUUUGCAGUUGCCACUAUUUCCAUCUCCUCACCCCCUCAAUGCACGUAUGCCCACAUUGCACUCGCUGUGGUACGACCCUACCCUCUAAGCUGCCGCCGUCGUAGAAAAGAGCUGUUGGCUAUGAGCACUUGUUAAAUCCAUCUGUUUUUCUUUUGUUUCAUGUUUAAUCUUAGUUAUUUAACAUGGGUAGGUUUUUUAAACCUAUUUUCAAGCUUGAAUGAGAUGCAACUUAACUCUAUGAAAUUUGCACACUGUCCAGUCACCACUUUCCCAAUUGGGUUUGGAAACUUAGAGUACUGUGGCUCUCAGUAAUGAAUCUAGUUUGGUCUCCAAAGUGACUAUAACACAUUCUGUUAUAAAGAUCUCCAGCUCUAUGCUUCAAAUGCAAGGUCUUCGGUUGCAGUACAAAGGUUAAUCUUUCGUGGACAGAUUCUGCGUGUAAACCGAAGAAUCUGUCACGACGGGAUGGAAUGCGUAGGAUCAGUUUUCGUCACUGAUUAUUUGGAGGUGUCAGGAUUGGCCGAAGGUGGUGCUUAAACUUCGACUGCUUCACUCAUGUGGGGAAAUUAGUGGAAGUGGUGGGUGGGGGGCUUUGGCUAAGAGUUUCCUUUUGCGAGGGUGGAGACGUCGCAAACCGGAACUCCCAAUUUCUAACACGUAUGGACCCACAACGACAUCACGCAGCUCACUAAAUUACGCAAGAUUUUAGUUCUGGGUUAACCGA